AUGACCGAUCAUCAACCAUAUGUAACCAUUCGUUCGCGGAGGCCUGCUGAGGGUCCCGGUUCCAGGAGCACCGGACCUUCCAUGUCUGCUGCCCGGGCUUUUCCAAACCGUGGGAGAUCAUCUGCAAGAUACAGCAAUGUCCAAGUACUCUUGCUGCAUUGGAACUCUGAUGAUCUUUUUGUCAUUCCUGAAUUGGAGGAUCUGGAAAAGUGCCUGAGCGAGGACUAUGGUUUCAACACGGACAUUUUCGGUAUCCCCUCAGAGAAUUCUCACCUCGAGUUGAUGAUGCGCAUCGGUCAACUCAUCAAGGAACAUGAAUCUCAGGAUACAUUAUUUGUGGUCUACUACGGCGGCCAUGCUAGGAUCGACGAAUCCAGGCAAAGUACCUGGUGCGCAACUCGAGAGCCCAAUUCACCGUGGCUACAGUGGUCCGCAAUCCAGACCCUUCUUGAACGGUCAUUAUCGGACGUUCUCAUUCUCCUAGAUUGCUGUGCUGGUGCUGCCAGCGCGACAUUUCCCAAUGGCUCCAGCAUUACUGAGACAAUAUCGGCAUCGAGUUGGGAUGCCAUUGCCCCAGACCCUGGACGUUACUCGUUUACCAACGCCCUCAUCGAAGUUCUUCAAGAAUGGCGACUUAGAGCCUUCUCAGCUGCCAUGCUUCAUGCCGAAGUGCUCGCCAGACUCAAACACCCCCGCCCCAUUACCAUCAAUGGCAAAUAUUUCGAGGCUCGGUCAACACCGGUGCAUUUCAUGAUGACAUCCAACCACAAGGCACCCAGUAUCGAAAUGUCACGGAUGUCACCAGGCGAUAACUUGCCCUCUCCCGACUUGUUGCCAAUGCCAGCCAUGGGCCAUGAGACAGGCCGGGCCCCGGAUUCCGCUCCCGUCAACAGAAACGAUUAUAUGUUUACUGAACCCAAUGAAGAUACCCCUCACGUCAUGAUCUCUUUGGCUCUGGAGGAUGAUCAGAGACUAGACAUUAAUGCGUGGGAGCAGUGGUUGAGUGCCUUUCCUGCCAUGGCCAAAUACGUCAAGGUCCAGGGCGUCUUCAAGAGCCACUCGACGAUGCUUCUUGUGUCGAUGCCAGUUUCCAUUUGGGACCUUCUCCCCGAGGACCAUGCUACGUCUUUUGUUGCCUUCAUCCGUUCCAACAACCUCAUGACUCAAAAACCCCGCAACCAAUCUGUCCCAGUCUUUGUUCCUACAAAUCCAUACCCAACCGAGAACGAUGGCGCUUCAUUUGUCUCUGGCGUCUCUGGCACCACUUUCGCACCGACAGAGACUACUGGACUGGCAGGGCAAAUGGGUGCCUUUAGGGAUCCGGCCUAUGGCAGACAAACAGCUGGCCCAGUUGUUAGGACAGCUCUUUCGCCGAUCCAACAGCUCUCUCCUCUCUAUCCGCCAUCACAGCCUGGAUCGCCCUCACAGAGCGCCCCGUCACAGCCAAUGAGGUCUAUGCAUUCAACAACCUCGCUUUCUACAUUGCAGAGGCAGCAAUCAUCCUCUUCUCUGGGAUUUGGAGGAAGUUUGACAAGGCAGAUGAUCAUGAAUCAACAACAGGCUCUUCGACGCACUACAUUUGGAGCUGACGUUCCUGAGCCAAAGAAGUUCUCACCUCACGUCGAAAGGCGUCUUGAAGAAUACUAUCAAACGGAGCCACUGCCAAACGAUGGGCAAAAGGCGUUCUUCGCCUCGAAUCUCGGCGUCGAGCCCUGGCAUGUUGAGGUCUGGUUCCAUCACCGAAGAGAGAGGGAUGCGUUUGCCCAACGGUUCGCGUCACUCAGAAUCGAGGAUUCGAAAGUUCAAACUCACGAAGGACCACGCAUGAUAUUCCCCGCCAAUCUCAGUGAGCUUCUAGACAUGUCGUUGCCAGGGCAGACACUGCUCCUUGAUCUCCGAUCAUUAUCAGAAUACCAGAGAUCACACAUCAAGGGGGCGAUCCACCUGCGGGCUCCGCAAUCCUUCUUACGGCCUGCAUCUCUGGAUAUGAUUGAGCGGGCCUUUGCCGAUGCACAGAGCAGGAGGACAUUCUCUCACUGGCAGCGGGCAAGGACCAUUGUCUUUUAUUCGCGUGGUCUUGAAACUCCAUGGGAAUGUCCGUCAGCCGAAAUCCUGCUGGAGAAGCUCUGGGCCUGUGGCUGGAAUGGGCACUGCUUCAUUCUAAAGGGCCAUUACCGUGAAUUCAGCGACUCGUUCGCGAAGCACAUCCACCGCAGCCAGGACACACAGGGCCUCGAAGGUGUAGGAGAGGCCCAGUCCACGGCAAUCACUAGCCAGGCUGACACACCAGUUAACCAACAAGAGUUUGCCAACCUUCUGUCUCGGCUAGAGAGGGAGGACCAGUUGCGUCAUCUAGGCACAUCGCCUGGGCAAAAUGAAGAACGCACCACGGCAUUGGAGGAGCACGAGAAGGAGUUGGAAAAUGAAUUCCAAGAUCGCUUCCCGGCAUUAUACAAGAAGGCACAGGACGUCCAUGGCCCGGUUGCUGGAAGGCCUGAGGAUGACAACUUUGUCACCAAGGCGCAGAUGGUAGAAUACCUGGACCGUGGCUUGACAAAGAUUCGAGACGCUCAGACACCAGGACCACCAGCGACAACUUACGAGCCUGGGCACUCCAAGUUGGCGACUGAUGGCUACUUUGACCGAGCAUACCUGGACCGAGAGUCGGACGAGUAUGUCGAGGUUGGUCGAAGUGAUGAACAAACUGGGGGCGAGGGUAGCCCCCAGAUGACAGGAAAGGGCAAGGAGAUCAGGGCAGCGCCAUCGCCAGAUGACAUUCCCAGGAGAGGACGUGGAGGAGGGAUCUUGAACAAGAUGUUUCGACGGGCAUAA